GACUCCAUAUGCUACACUGCUUUUCUAUUCUUUUCUUUGAGAACAAGAAAAAGAAGAGAGGAAGAGGCACGAAUUAUAUAAAUCAUUGGAGUUUCUCUUUCUUGUCUGCUUCCGAGAAUCCAUAGCCGGAGUAGCCAUGGCCGCUUUGCAGUACCUCGAUUCUCUUCGCAACUCGCAUCCUGAGCUCGCUGAAUGGUACAAUUCGCUAGCAGAUCUGUACCAGAAGAAGCUUUGGCAUCAGCUCACACUUAAGCUUGAGCAGUUCGUCGCUCUCACGGUCUUCCAGGCUGGUGAUGCACUGAUUCAGUUGUAUCACAACUUCAUCACUGAUUUUGAGACCAAAAUCAAUCUUCUCAAGCUUGCACAUUUUGCUGUGAUUGUUUCUCGGCAAUAUGCAGAGAAAGAAGCUGCCAUUAGUUAUCUUGAAGGGAUAAUCGAGAAACUGAGGAGUACUAAAGAGCACCGCAUAGAGGAGCCUAUCCUUUAUAUUAAAAUGCAAAUAGCUAUUUUUAAGCUCGAGCAAGGUGACCGAAAAGAGUGCAAGAAACUUUUGGAAGAUGGAAAGAGCACUCUUGACAGCAUGACUGACAUUGAUCCAUCUGUUUAUGCUAGCUAUUAUUGGGUUUCAUCUCAAUUUUAUAAGUUCCGCCAAGAAUUUGCUGAGUUCUAUAAAAGUGCUCUUCUUUAUCUCGCAUAUACUUCAGUGGAAUCACUCUCAGACUCAUUUAAAUUGGAUUUGACCUUUGAUUUGUCUCUUUCUGCACUUUUGGGAGAUAACAUCUACAACUUUGGAGAGCUUCUUGCACAUCCUAUUAUCAAAAGUCUGUUGGGCACAAAGGUCGAGUGGCUUUACUACAUUCUUCAGGCAUUCAAUUCUGGUGAUUUAGUUCGCUAUCAAGAAUUAUGCCAAGUCCAUAAUGCAGCUUUAAGGGCUCAACCGGCUUUAGUUGAAAAUGAAAAGAAACUAUUGGAGAAAAUCAAUAUUCUCUGCCUCAUGGAAAUUAUCUUCAGCCGGCCAUCUGAAGAUCGAACGAUCCCAUUGAAGGUUAUAGCAGAACGAACAAAACUCUCUAUUGAGGAUGUGGAGCAUCUACUAAUGAAGAGCCUGUCUGUCCACCUUAUAGAGGGUAUCAUCGAUCAAGUCGAGGGAACGGUCCAUGUUUCCUGGGUGCAACCAAGGGUACUAGGCAUUCCACAGAUCAAAUCCCUGCGAGACCGACUGGACAGUUGGGUGGAUAAAGUUCAUUCAACUUUGCUUUCAGUCGAGGCCGAGACGCCUGAUCUAGUUGCAUCGUAAUCCUCUUCAUUGCAUCUCUAAACAACUUAGCAGAGGGAGGAAGCAAAAAGCCAGAACAAACUACUGAUCCUUCAUAAGAUUCUCAUGUGCUGGAUUGACUAGCUAGCUAGCUAUCUUGCCUCCAUCUUUCUUGAACUAUUUUCUAGGAAUCAGAAGCCUCUACGUCUUAGUUUUGAAAGUGAGCAUGGAUUGGAGGAGUUGAGAAACGGACUUAAAGAGUGGUUAUUGGACUUCCCUUCUGUAUUUGUUACUUUUGUUGCAUACAAUUGAGAUUUAAUGAGGUCCAUGAGGAUCAGUUUCAUCCAAA